AGUGAGCAACACAAGUAAGCGAUCACACAUAAGAGAUCUAGAAAAAGAGAGGAUUAAGAUCAUCAACAGAUGAUGAAAAUGUCGAUUUCUCUGUCUUCCCAUAUUUGUCUCUUCACAUUAUUAUGUUCCAGUCUGUUGGUCAUCGCAGUCGGCACCGAUGCUCAGUUCUCGUGGCACGGAAGUCGGGCUAAUGCUCUGUUUAUAUUCGGGGACUCUAUCUUCGAUGCCGGAACCAAUGACUUCAUCAACACCACAACAGAUUUCCAGGCUAAUUUCUUUCCCUAUGGAAAGAGCUUCCUCAGCUAUCCCACUGGGAGAUUCUCCAACGGCCGUCUGAUCCCGGAUUUCAUCGCUGAGUUUGCAGGACUGCCAUUGAUUCUUCCAUAUCUGCAUCCCGAGUUUCGGUUUAAUGGCGGGGCCAACUUUGCGUCUGGUGGUGGCGGGGCUCUGGUUGAAACUUAUGAAGGAUUAGUGGUGAACCUCAAGACUCAGAUGACGCAAUUCAAGAAGCUCGAGAAGCAACUGAAGAGGGAAUUCGGGGACGAGGAAGCCAGGAAAAUUGUAUUGGAGGCUGUUUACCUGAUCAGCAGUGGAGGCAACGAUUACCUCUUUUCUACAUCGGCCAACUCAGUUGUGUUUCAGUCCCACUCUCACGAAGAAUACGUAGGAAUGGUGAUCGGAAACGUCACCACGGUAGUCAAGGAUAUACAUAGCAGAGGAGGACAGAAAUUCGGAUUUGUAAACAUGGGGCCGCUCGGCUGCGUUCCACAUACGAGAGCUCUAGCAGGAAGUUCAGGUGCUUGCUUCGGUGAACUCAAUGAGCUACUAAAGCUCCAUAACAGAGCUCUUCCGAAAGCCCUCGAGAAGCUGGCGGACGAACUAGAUGGAUUCAAGUACUCGAUCUUCGACCAUUUCAAUGCUGGCAUGCAGAGGAUUAACAACCCUUCCAAAUUCGGUUUCAAGGAAGGCAAGCAGGCAUGCUGUGGGUCAGGUCCCUACAGAGGGAGGUCAAGCUGCGGGGGGAAGAAUGGAGAGACGGAGUAUGAACUGUGUGCUGAUCCCUCUGAGUAUGUCUUCUUCGACUCCGGUCAUCCCCCAGAGAGGGCCAACCAGCAAUAUGCUGAAUUGAUGUGGAGAGGAAGCGCCAGGGUAACUGGGCCGUACAAUUUGGAGAAGCUGUUUAAGCGUACAUAGACAAAAGAAGUACGUAUUCAUUUUGGCAAGUCGAGAGUCCUACUCUGACUUACAAUGAAUUAAAUAGUGGAAUAAGUCGAAAGGCAUAUCUUGAUGAGGUUAGGCAAGUUUUUCAUUUUAGGAAUAAUAAAGACAUCAAUGUUGCUUGAUCAAUCUGUUAGUUGAUGGAUUCGCCAUCUCUUAUGUAGUCUUUGUUUGAAAGGAUCAGCAUUGUUCAGGAUUGAAUGAGAUAGUCCAAACUAUCGUUCACGAUUCAACUCCAUAUGGCAACUAAAAC